AUGACCAACGAAAAACACAACAAAGGGCGAAAGAAGAAGGCGAUCUACAAAUGUGAAAUAUGUAACGGUACCCAGAACAAACCAGUCGUCGCCUGUGAUAAAUGCGACAAGUGGCACCACUUUGCGUGCGUUGGAAUCAAAUCCAUUAAGAAGAAAGACGAAUGGAUCUGUGAUAAGUGCAAAACACCAAAUCCACCCGAACCACCGUCAUCUCAACAAUCAGUACAAGAAGACGUUGCGACGCCACAUUCAAGGAAUAAUUCACCGGCAAAAUCUCGAGUGGAUAACUGCGGUGACAAAGACAACGAUUAUGACUUGACGUACGAUACUAGUCAUCCGUACUAUCGAGCAUCACGUAACCUGCUGUCACCACAAAAUCAUUCCAAAAAUCGAUCCGUCGAACAGCAACAAAAUCGACAGAACGAUAAUGUCAUCAAUGUGUCUAGAGCAGAUCCGAUUAUCCGUACAACGAGUAAGCGACAAGAAAUGGAGUUAAAGUUGGCUGAAGAGGAGAGGAUAUUAUCGAGCAUGCGUGACAAUGAAUACCUGCGAAAAAAGUAUUCUAUUUUGAUGCCAAAGGAACACCGUCGUGAAAAAGCAAUGACUAACGACGAUGAAAUCCGAAGUAUGAGCAAUACCAGAGACUGGGUCAAAAAACAGCAAUCUGUUAAAUCCAUGAUAAACGUUCCGAAAGUCUUUACCGGCAUGGCAGAACGUGAAGAAUAA